GGUCCACUCCUGCCAGGUAAAGAAAAGCGUAUUCCAGUGCAUUAUUGAGCAACACUGUUUGUAUUGGAGCAAACACUAUAUUAAUUACUCCCUUCGAUCCAUAUUACUUGUCGCUCAAAUGGAUGUAUCUAGAUGUAUUUCAGUGCUAGAUACGUCCAUUUGAGCGACAAGUAAUUUGGAUCGGAGGGAGUAGUAAUCUAGAUGUGAACGCGGACGACUGAGAUUACCGCAUCGCAUAGAACCAUGUCCUAAAAAUCCGCGUCCUCAUUGUAUGUACUUCUGAAUGACAUGUACUAUACAUAUACAUAUAUUACUAUAAUAGAAGGUCAAAUAAUUAUGCCAUUUUGCAUCCAAUUCAAGAAAUUUGUAUGGCUUUCGGAGUGUACGUGCACUUGGUAUAUAAAUUCUAACAUUUUUAAAAUAAAUAAAAGAUGUCUAAGACAUAGCCGGCGCAUUUGCGUGCGUGGGCCACUUGGCUAUUUUUUUAAGAGAAAAGAUACCGGUGUAUGGUGCAUCCGAUCAGUCAAUCAGUACAAAAGUGAAAUUGAGAGAAGAGAUGAUAUAUCUUUCGACAAAGGAGAAAGAUGAUAUGCUUGGACUCUGCAUGACUUACACACGUCGAAUAAAUCUUUGCUCGCUAAUAACACGCGGAUGCACACACCAUAAAUAAGACAAUCAAUUGGACGCGAAACAAAGGUUAGAAGCAGCAGCACAACAUCACCAAACACAGUUAAGAAAAUCAAUGGCCAUCUCACUCAGCUUGGUCCUCUCCCCACCGCAACAAUGGCAGCUCCUCCUCCUCCUCCUAGCACUCGUCUCCCUCGGGCUCUUGACGAGGAGAAAACUGAGCAACAAGGGGCUCAGGCUGCCGCCGGGCCCGGCCCAAGUGCCGAUCCUGGGGAACCUGCACCAGGUAAGCCAGCUGCCGCACCGGAGCCUACGGGAUCUGGCGCGGCGGCACGGGCCAGUGAUGCAGCUGCAGCUCGGCACGGUGCCGACGGUGGUGGUGUCGUCAGCUGAGGCAGCGCAAGAGGUGAUGAAGACCCACGAUGAGGAUUGCUGCACCCGCCCCAUGUCCCCAGGGAUGAAGCGUCUGUCCUACGGCCUCAACAACGUCGGGUUCGCGCCCUACGGCGCCUACUGGCACGCGAUGCGCAAGUUCCUCGUGGUCGAGCUCUUUGGCGUGCGCCACGCUAAAGCUGCAUGGAACGCACGCCAGCAUCAGGUGGAGAAACUGAUGAGCACCUUGAGCGGCUUGGUCGGAGAGCCGGUAGCCCUGAAGGAGCACGUCUUCAGCCUGGCCGAUGGCAUCAUCGGCAUGCUGGGUUUUGGAGACAUGUACAACAACGACAAGUUCCCACACCACAAGAACUUGGAGCACGUGCUCGAGGAGGCCACACAUGCGCAGGCAAGCUUCUCCGCUGAGGACUACUUCCCCAACAUCAUCGGACGCCUAAUCGACCGAAUCACCGGUCUCACCGCUCGCCGCGAGCAGAUCUUCAAGCAUCUUGAUGCCUUCUUCGAGAUCAUCAUUGAGCAGCAUCUUGACCCUCGGCGCGUUAAGCCUCAGAACGGCGGCGGUGACCUCGUCGACCGCCUCGUCGACCUCUGGAAGGACAACCGUGGCACCACGCUCGGUAUCACGAGAGACCACGUCAAGGGCAUCAUCUUUGGUACGUUCAUUGGUGGCUCGGACGCGGCCUCGGUGACGAUCCUUUGGGCAAUGGCGGAGCUAAUCCGAAAGCCCCAUCUGCUGAAGAAGGUGCAAAAGGAGAUCAGGGACGUGGUGGGCAGCAACGAGAGGGUGCGACUGAACGACAUGCCCAAGAUGGGAUACCUCAAGAUGGUGGUCAAAGAGACACUGCGGCUGCACCCGCCGGCGACGAUGUUGUUGCCUAGGGAGGCCAUGCGGGACAUCCAGAUUGGUGGCUACGACGUGCCAGCAAAGACAAGGAUCUAUGUCAACGCCUGGGCCAUUGGCAGAGACCCUAUGAGCUGGCCAGAUGACCCGGAGGAGUUUAAGCCAGAUAGGUUUGAGGCGAGCGAGAUAGACUUCAAGGGCGCAAAUUUCGAGCUGAUACCGUUCGGCGCAGGGCGGCGUAUGUGUCCCGCCCUGUCCAUGAGUGUGGCCACCGUGGAGUUCACGCUGGCGAACCUGUUGUGCUGCUUCGAGUGGGCGCUCCCGGAUGGGACGAUGGUGAGUGUGGAGGAGCAAGGCAAGGUUAUCCCCCUCCUCAAGACGCCGCUCGUGCUGGUGCCCACCCCGCACGGGCGCGUGUGAGCAUUGCAAGGCGCAUCAUGACACGACUAAGAAGGAUCCAGUCAAAAUUAAUUUGCUCCCAGGUAUAGACCAAGCAUCCAUGUGACUUGUGUGAAUGUUAUCUUCACUUUGUAUGUACUGCCCAUUGUUUACCACGCCUUGAAAGACGAUGUAUUUGAAUAAUGAAAUUGGCACCUACUAUAUGUUGCUACUAAACGAGAUGAAUAUGCGGAAAUUGUUGUGUUAAUUA